AGGGCCGGGUAAUCCUGCGGAGCUGUAGAGCAAGCGAGCGACUGUGAAGCUGGCUGGAGGACUGGAGCUGGCACAAGGCGACCGCGGCAAUCGCUGCGCUCCGAGCAUCCGCGGGGCCUCCCGACUGGACGAGCCCGGCCCUGCAAGAGCUGAGUACGGCUCCAGCCCCCCACCCUUCUCGCCGCGCUCAAGUGGCCGCAAGCUCGGGAGAGCUUUCGUGAUUUAGCACAAAGCACUUUUCCAAAAAGCGCCGGGGCCGCGCUCCCGCGCACGCAGUUCCCCUUCCCCUUUGUUCCGGGGGUCCACAGCCCGCUGUCCUCCCCUAGUCAGGAUUCUUCGCAAGGGGCGGAGGGCUGUCGAGUCUAGGCUGUGAAGAUGCCCUUGGAGCUGACUCAGAGCCGGGUGCAGAAGAUAUGGAUCCCCGUCGACCACCGCCCCUCGCUGCCCAGAUCCUGUGGGCCAAAGCUGACCAACUCCCCCACGGUGAUCGUCAUGGUGGGCCUGCCUGCCCGGGGCAAGACCUACAUCUCCAAGAAGCUGACUCGCUACCUCAACUGGAUUGGUGUCCCCACGAAAGUGUUCAACGUGGGCGAGUACCGCCGUGAGGCCGUGAAGCAGUACAGCUCCUACAGCUUCUUCCGUCCUGACAACGAGGAAGCCAUGAAAGUCCGGAAGCAGUGUGCUCUGGCUGCCUUGAGAGAUGUCGAAAGUUACCUGGUGAAGGAGGGGGGCCAAAUGGCAGUUUUCGAUGCCACCAAUACUACUAGAGAGAGGAGACAUAUGAUUCUUCAUUUUGCCAAAGAAAAUGGUUUCAAGGUAUUCUUUAUCGAGUCUGUGUGUGAUGACCCUACAGUCGUAGCUUCCAACAUCAUGGAAGUAAAAAUCUCCAGCCCGGAUUACAAGGACUGCAACUCAGCAGAAGCUACAGAUGACUUCAUGAAGAGAAUUAGUUGCUAUGAGGCCAGUUAUCAGCCUCUGGACCCGGAUAAAUGUGACAGGGAUCUAUCCCUAAUUAAGGUGAUCGAUGUGGGCCGGCGAUUCUUGGUGAACAGAGUUCAGGACCACAUUCAGAGCCGAAUUGUGUACUACCUGAUGAAUAUCCACGUGCAGCCUCGUACCAUCUACCUGUGUCGGCACGGAGAGAGUGAGCACAACCUUCAGGGGAAGAUCGGAGGAGACUCGGGCCUGUCCAGCAGGGGCAGGAAGUUUGCCAACGCUCUGAGCACGUUUGUGGAGGAGCAGAACCUAAAGGAUCUCAGGGUGUGGACCAGCCAGCUGAAAAGUACCAUCCAGACGGCAGAAGCCCUUCAGCUUCCCUAUGAGCAGUGGAAGGCGCUCAACGAAAUCGAUGCUGGCGUUUGUGAGGAGAUGACCUACGAGGAGAUCAAGGACACCUACCCUGAGGAGUACGUCCUGCGAGAGCAGGACAAAUAUUACUACCGCUACCCCACCGGGGAGUCCUACCAGGACCUGGUCCAGCGCCUGGAGCCAGUGAUCAUGGAGCUGGAGCGGCAGGAGAACGUGCUGGUCAUCUGCCACCAGGCUGUCCUGCGCUGUCUCCUGGCCUACUUCCUGGACAAGAGCGCAGAGGAGAUGCCUUACCUGAAGUGCCCCCUCCACACCGUCCUGAAACUGACGCCCGUUGCCUACGGUUGCCGGGUAGAAUCCAUCUACCUGAACGUGGAGUCAGUGAACACGCACCGGGAGAGGUCGGAGGAUGCCAAGAAGGGCCCUACCCCGCUCAUGAGGCGCAAUAGUGUCACCCCACUAGCCAGCCCCGAGCCCACCAAAAAGCCUCGCAUCAGCAGCUUUGAGGAGCAUGUGGCUCCCACCUCCACUGCCCUGCCUGACUGCCUGCCCCCGGAGGUGCCCGCGCCGCUGCCCGGACAAAACGUGAAAGACUCCCAGAGCAGCAGCGACUCGCCCAGGACACACUGAGGCAGACCCGGCGGUUCAUUCCAUUUCCAUUCCUGCGGUUUAGAUAGUACCCAUCCACCUGCCCAAGGCCAACGAUCCCAGGGACUUCUGGAAUGGGGUGGGGUGGAAAGAGGGGUCUGCGGGUCGAAGAGAACCUGUGACUGAGACCCCAGAAUGCCUUUCCUGUGUGCGUGUGGAAUCCUGCUUCUGUGUCACGCGGGAGCCACCCCACCCUGUGCUCUCCAGGGCCUUUCAGAACUAUGUGGCCUCACCAGCUUUCCACAGGGUGUGGUGAGGACCCGGAGCAGUGGAAGAGGAGAGAAGGCCCUUCGGAGAGGACAAAGGUGCCUCCAGGCAGUUUUGUUUGUUUUCAUUUGUUUCUGUGCCCCUGUCCUAGAAUUAAAGGGAGCCUAGAUUCUAGUAGCCGAAGGGUAAAGGGGCAGUGAAAACCUUCAGGAGACUCUUGUAUCUUGAUGAAGAAUGGACCAGGCGAUGCAGUGCAGGGCCCUCCCUGAGGCGGAGGGAAAAGUCCCCAGGCUGGAGCUGCCUGUCAGCUGCACAGCCACCGCAAGGCAGGCUCAUACACCUUUUGGUCUGCCUCCUGCCUCUGAAGGUGUUACAGGGACAGUCAGGCUGUGUAGGCAAAGGAAAUGUUUUGCCAAAAAACCCCUAGGCCUCACCCUCCCAGGGAACUCUGUGGACCUGUGCUCUCCCUCCUGGAUGUGAGGCCCCAGGGAGGCAGCUGUGGGAGCCACUUGCUUUUGCACUUUUCCUGGAAGAACGGGUGCCCUGAAUGUUGCACCUUAUUAUCAGGAGCUGGGGUGAUUGGGUUUUGUGUCCUCGGGCUGGAGCUUUUAAGUGGGGAGCCUGUCGUGCCCAUGCAACAGGGGUUCAGCCACCCCAGGAGACUGGCCAGGGUGUGAGCAUCUGGAUCAUCUCAAGACUGAUCCUAGGAGACAGCAUGGAGAAGCACACGAGCUUGGCUGCCACCUCCCUUCAGGACCUUCAGAACCUCCCGUGUUGCCCAGCAAGACCUCCUGUGCAUGGCCUCCUGGCAGGAUUCAGCUCACUUUGCACGCUUUCAUCCAGCAUCUGCUGUGCGCCCAGUGUUCUUCUGGGUUCCUUGGAGAGAAUGUCCUUGCCUUCAUGGCACCUGUGGCAUUUUAGGGGGUUCAAAGCAGGACCUGUGGAACAUACGGUUCUAACUACCUGUAAUUUCUGCCUGCUGGUUUCUCCUUGUUGUCUCCAAGUCCCGGGGGCUAGUGGGGGUCUUGAGGCCCAGAAGAAACAGUUUGGAGACUUGGUGGUAUUUUGUCUGAAUGACGCUUUUAAGGAUCUUUGACAGCCGGUGCCAAAGGUCACUUUCCUUUCCCACCCUCUGCUUUUGAGCCAGGUAUCCUUAACCCUUUGGGCUUAGGAAGGAGUUACCGAGAGUGGGUUGAGGGCUUGGGCAUCUGGAGCUGGGAGUGGAGAGAAGUACUGCUUUUGUUUUUAGCUUGAGAAGAGCUUUUUGAGAAUGCAUGUUUCUCUGGUUGGGAUUCAGUGGGAAAUGGAGUCACGCUUCAACACCAUACAGGCAAGUUUGUGGGUUUCACAACAGCUGUUGACACCACCACCCACCCUGCCCAUCAGCAGUCUGUCUGAGAGGGUGUCCUUUAUGUCCUUGUGUGACCGAAGGCUUGGGUUUUCCCUGCUGUCACAAGCCUUGCAGGCAGCUUGUGUGUGUGUGUGUGUGUGUUUGUGUGCGCGCAUGGUCUUGGUCGUUUUUUUAGGACCCUCAGCUCUGCUCUUGAGAAUGGCUUGCACCCCACUUCCUGGCCCGCUUUGGGUGUCAGACCUGACCCUGAUCUGAUCAGGCAUGGGGGCUGUGUGAAGGUGCAUGCCCCACCCUCCUGCACGGGGAGGGACUAAAUGUGGACCCAGGGGGAGACCUUGGGGAGAACCAGCUGCUGCCCAAUCGGCAGCCUGGGCUUGUGCAUUUGUGAGGUGGGUUGGGGGCUUCUGCUCUAUUGCCUGUCGUCCCUGCCUUCUGAAAAAUACCUGGGACCAAUUUUUUAAUGUCUCGUAUUUGUUUCUGGGUGGACUUACCCGCCCCACCCCCACCUUCUAUUUCUGUCCUGAGACCAAGGGCAAAACUCUUCCUUUGUGGUGAGAAGAAAACCUGUUUGAACCACACCAAUGAUAUUUUUGUUUGUAAUACUUGAAAUUUAUUUUUUUAUUAUUUUGAUAGCGGAUGUGCUAUUUAUUUAUUUAAUAUGUAUAAGGUAGCCUGGAAAUAGGAAGCUGUAUGGAUUGGGUUAGUUGACAUUGGUUGGUUUAGGGGCCUCUUAUGUGUGACUUGACUUAACGCCUUCUCCGCAUCCUGUAUAUUUGUCUGAAUUAAUUACCUGGGAUGAAGCUGUGGCAGCUUUCAAACGGGAUGCCUUUCAGAAAUUUGUAUAUUUUGCAUUUGCCAAAAUAAUAAAAUACUAGUUGACAUACA